AUGGCCAACCUCGGCGUCCAGUCCCCAACCCGGCAAACGGCCGCCUUCCACCUCCCCUCGUCGUCUUCCUCCUCGGCCGGCGGCGACGACGACGAUGCCCCGCUGCCCUUCCCCGCCGCUCUCCCCCGAUCCGACUUUCUCGCCCCAGACUUCCACCCGGCAAACUACCUCUCCGCCCUGCCGCACCGCCAUCAGACCCUCGACGACUUAAAGGCCGAGCUGCGCGACCGCAGUGCCGCCAUCAGCGCCGAGCUGCUCGAGCUUGUCAACGGCAACUACACCGCCUUUCUGUCCCUCGGUAACGAGCUGCGCGGCGGCGACGAGAGGGUCGAGAACGUCCGCGUUGCCAUGCUGGGCUUCCGCAGGGCUGUCGAGGAGAUCAAGGGCAGGGUACGGACGAGGGGGGAGGAAGUCCAGGGUCUGGGUGGUGAGUUGAGGGAAGUGAGGAGGGGGAUCGAGGCGGGGAGGAAGAUGUUGGAGUUGGAUGAGCGGGUGGCCGCGCUCGAGGAGCGGCUUGCGCUUGCGAGCUUGCCUGGGAAGGCUUCGCAAGACGAUGAGGAUGAUGACUGGGACGCGGAUGACAGCGGCGAGGAGGACGAGGAGGAAGGUGACGCGGGAGGGUUGGUGGGGAGCAGCCCUGCAAAGCUAGCGGGUUUUGCACAGGAUUUCUGCAUCAUCGAAGCUCUCGCAGAUGCCAUCGGGCGCGAGGUCCAGUUCGUCAUCAAAACGGAGGCACGGAUGACGAGGUGUCGAAAUACAAUCCUCCUCGACCUGGGAACGGCCAUGAAGGAGGCGCGCAAGGCUGGGGACAAGGGACAGGCGAGAGUGGUCAAAUAUCUCGGUCUGUACGGCCUGUUGGACGCCCAGACAGAGGCGAUCAGGGCUCUCAAGAGCAGUUGA